GAUGGUGGCUUCGUCUCUUGGAGGGAAUAAUCAAUCAAUAAAAACAUGGGGACGGUGAAAGCGGUGGCCAUCAUCUCCGGCGGCAUCGACAGCAAAGUCAAAGGCUUCAUCCAGUUCACUCAGGAUACAGCUACUGCCGGCAAUUUUAGUACUACCCAGGUGACAGGAAGAAUCAGCGGCCUGACUCCCGGCCUUCAUGGAUUUCAUAUCCAUGCUUUCGGAGACACUACCAACGGCUGCAAUUCCACUGGGUCUCAUUUCAAUCCAUUGAUGAAGGAUCAUGGAUCUCCAGAGGAUGUAGAGCGUCAUGCAGGUGAUCUAGGGAACAUUUUGGCUGCCUCAGAUGGGGUUGCUGAAAUAUCAAUCACUGACAGGCAGAUCCCAAUGAUUGGCCAGCAUUCCAUCGUGGGAAGAGCUGUUGUUGUGCAUGCUGAUCCUGAUGACCUGGGAAAAGGAGGACAUGAACUAAGCAAGACAACUGGCAAUGCAGGUGCAAGAGUUGGAUGCGGUAUCAUUGGCCUUCAGUCAUCUGUUUAGAUAUGAACUCGGAGCAAAUAACAAGUACUGUGUAAGUCGACGACGAUAGUAAGCCUUUUGACCUCAAGUCAUUUACUUGUUAUUUGGUUUUAGUUAUUGAACUUCCCAUGUGAUGAAUCAAGGCUAUACAAGAGUUGUAAAAAAAUGCCCAAUUAGUAACCAACCAUAUAAAUAAUUUUUGUGCAUAUUGUAUAAUUUUAAUGCCAAGUGAUUAAGCAAAUCCUACAAAAGGUUAUCCCUUUACUUUACACUUUUGAUUUUGGAUCUACAAUCAACAAA